UGCGUCGUUGCCAUAGUGACCAGCGUUCAGCCAAACAGGAGACGACAUGAGUGCAGAAGCCCUUUUCUCUCUUCAAAGCCAGCCCACGACUGUCGACUACAGUGGGGAGGUCCCCGUGGAGCACCUGGACUAUGAUUACAUCGAAAAAUGCAAAGAUGUAAAAUACCUGGAGAAGAUCUUGAGAGUACUGAGGUCUGGCAAAGAGGGCAUUUAUCCACAUUUAAUCAAGUUCUGUGAGAGUCACUUGGAAAAACUGGACCCGAGAAGUCGAGCUCUCAGGAAGGAAGCCCCUGUAGCCACAGCAGCGAGUCUCCCUAAGGAUGAGUGGCACCAAAUAGUUGACGAGUUGAUGAUGUGGCGAGAAGAAACCAAAAAGCAUGAGACGCUGCUAAAACAACAGCCAGUGUUUGAUGAUCUAAUAAAGGAAAAUAUGCCACCUGUAAGAGGCUCCAAUUGCUCUGUUCCACUUAGUCAGAAUUCAUUUCCAAAAGGAAGAAAGAAUCCCUCAAAAUGUCCUCUCCCACGGGAUUAUCAAGAAUGGGACAAGUUCGACGUGGAAAAAGAAUGUGAAAAAAUAGAUGGGAAUGUGGUUAAAAAUGAUUCACCAGCCAUUGUGAACACAGGACAAAAGAUCAAGACUAAAGUGGAUUCCUCAUGUCUGUCACAACAAGAGAAGGUCCUUCUGGCAAAUCGAGAGAAGGACAAAGGCAAUGAAGCUUUCAGAGCAAAAGACUAUGAAGAGGCAGUUGCAUACUACUCCAGGAGUCUUUCCAUUAUACCAACUGUGGCUGCAUACAACAACAGAGCCCAGGCGGAGAUCAAUCUCAAGCACUGGCACAAGGCCAUGAGAGACUGCCAGAAGGUGCUUGAGUUAGAGCCAGACAACUUGAAAGCCCUACAACGUCGUGCAACUAUUAAUGAUCAUAUGGGCAACUUCCAAACGGCUGCUGAAGACCUGAGAGUGGUGCUGAGGGAAGAGCCGCAGAAUCCUGCUGCCACUCGACUUCUGUCUCAAAUUGAGAAGAAGAUGAAGGAAUGUCAACCAGAGCAGCAGCACAAGGCCAAAAAAAUCCUCAUCCAAGAGGUAGAAGAGGAAGAUGACAGCGGUGACGAUGACGCAAAAUUACAACAGACCGCUCGUCCGGUUCAACCCAGCCAGCCUGUGGGAGGGGAGGAGAGCUCAGCUACUCCUGCCGAAAGGGGAGACAUGGGUAACGCUCAAAAAAAGCCCCACGGCAGAGGGGACGGGGGUCCUCACAACGACUCCAACAACUCCCACCACGGACACUGGAGGAGCAAAGGAGCCAACGCAGACAAGUACAAAGUCACGCAAGAAAAGGUAGUCAAUGGAUCGAGCAAGAGAGGCUCGACUGCGUCUUCCCAGGGCGAGCAGAGCGGCACCGGGAAGGGAACUCCAGCUGGAGGAAAUGCAGGAGAAACUGUCAACCUUGAUGCUCCAUGUGGAGCCCUGCCCCCACCUCUGUCCCGGUUAAAGAAUGAAGGAAACCUGCUGUUUAAAAAUGGACAGUUUGCCGAUGCACUGGACAAGUACUCACAAGCUAUUCAGGGCUACACAGACUCAGGUAUUGACAGUCCAGAUGAUCUGUGUAUACUGUAUUCGAAUAGAGCAGCCUGCUAUCUGAAAGAUGGCAACAGUCAAGACUGCAUACAGGACUGCACAAGAGCCCUGGAGCUGCAGCCGUACUCCCUCAAGCCCCUCCUGCGCCGGGCCAUGGCUUAUGAAUCCCUGGAGCGCUACCGGAAGGCCUACGUGGAUUAUAAGACUGUCCUGCAGAUAGACAUCGGUGUUCAGGCAGCACACGACAGCGUCAACAGGAUCACCCGGAUGCUGAUUGAACAGGACGGUCCAGACUGGAGGGAGAAGCUCCCGGAUAUUCCUCUGGUGCCUUUGUCAGCUCAGCAGCACCGGAGAGAGGAGCCACCCAGCGCAGAGGUCCUCCAGGCUCGAGCAGAGAAGGCCGCCAGGGAUGCAGAGAGAAAAAUGGAAGUUCGUUUUUCAUCGUUGAAGCAAGAAGGGAACGACUUUGUGAAGAAGGGCCAAUACCAGGAUGCUCUUGGAAAGUACACAGAAUGCCUUAAGCUAAAGCCAGAAGAGUGCGCGAUCUACACCAACAGAGCUCUGUGCUACGUGAAGCUGGAGAGGUUUAGUGAGGCCAAGCAGGACUGCGAUGCAGCACUGAAACUGGAGCCAACCAAUAAGAAGGCCUUCUACAGACGAGCCCUGGCCAAUAAAGGCCUCAAGGACUAUCUGGCGUGCAGCUCUGACCUGCAGGAGGUGCUGCAGCAAGAUCCCAACGUGAAGGAGGCCGAGCAGGAGCUGGAGGAGGUCACAGCGCUGCUGAGACAGAGUCUGGCCACCGCUUCACCUGCCAAAACCAGGAAGACUGUCCCCAUCACAGAGGUCGAGGAUGAAGAGGACGGGACGCCCGUUCCAAACUCAGGGAGCGGCGGCAGCGGAGCGGACGUCAGCAUCAACCUGAAGCCGACCAACGCCUACGACUUCGGCCAGUCUCUGAACGCAGCUCGCUGCAGUGGAAACACGGCGGCCGGCGCUGAAAUACUGGCCUCCACAGCACCGGAGAUGCUUCCCCAGUUCCUGAACACGCAGCUGGACGGACACACUAUCAGCUUCAUCAUGCAGGCGCUGGACUCACACCUACUAGAGAAAAACCCCAACCUGGUCUACCAACACCUCAGCCAUCUGCACACCACCGACAGGUUCUCGGUCGUACUGAUGCUGCUGGAGAAGGAAGAGCGUCGCCACAUGACACAGCUGUUCGAGCAUCUCUCAGCCACAGAGAGCGCAGAGUUCACCAAGAACGAUGUUCAGAACCUGGCCAACAAGUACAUCUGACCCACCUGCUCCCUGCUCUCUGCUGCAUGAGCUGCUGCACCUCUACUCUUGGAUCUAUGCAAAACACUGCACAUGAACUGAGUGCAACAAAAGCAGGAAGCUACAGAAUGAGCAAUACAAUGGACCUGAGUCACAUUCACCGUGCUGGUGUGCGCUGUAAAUUAUCUAAACCCCUGUAUGUUAGCGUGACACUAAAAAGAAAUCUAUUUUUCUCUCCAGAACAUUUUGCUAUGCAGAUUUACUUUUGUACCACCACUAACCAUUUGCGUUGUACAGCAGAGGCAGCGGGACAGAGUGGACCUUUUUCGCCGCGGUGUAUUGAUAAAUAGGGUCCAAUGUGCAACGUUACAUAAGGCUACAGGCGUGUCCCACCUCUUUGCACAGGACAGACUCAUGUUCCCAAAGCUGAUCUAUGUUGAUCUGGUCCUUGAACCCAGUGAGUCAUUUGAUAAGAGCUUAGAUUCACUGCAUGCUAAUUAUUAUCAGGCAAAGAUGGAAAAAAAAAGAGGUCGUUUGCUACUGAAUUUAUUAAUAUAUUCAUCGCUUCAGGAAAACAAAACAAAGAAUUUUAUUAGUUUUAUUAUGACCACAUGUACUGUUAUAUAUUUGUGGAAGAAAUAGGCCUGCAUGAUGUCUUAUUGCUGUUCUGUGCAGCUUGAUAACAGUCACUGUCACACUGGUAUCUGCUGACGUUGUAGAAGAAAUACAAGACCUUACAUGCUCUGUUUUUAUUCAUCUAUGCAAACAGCAGAUGUGUGCCGUGGCGUAAAAUCGCUUUUUAAAGGUAGGUGCUUGUCAUCCUGCCUGCCUGCCCGCCAACGCACAUCUGCGCCGUUCUCCUUCCGCAGCAGAUGUGAACACACUGGAGAGAAGCAGCAUCUUUACGAGAUGCGUGCCUUGGAUUUCAGGUUUAGGGGUCGACUUACAUUUUGGUGAGGACGCUCCCGAAGAGAAAGUGUAUUUAUGUCGUUCUGUAGCUUCAAUCAUAAUUGUUACACAGCUUGGAUUUAUGCAUCAUAAAUCAUACAUGUAUAUCCACUUAGCUACAUGCACAUAAUUGUUUAAAAUGUGUAGUCCAUUUCCUAAUUUAAAGGUCGGUGCAACUAAUUAAAUGCUGAAAUAUUCCAGUUGUCCAACAUCGAAUACAGCCUGAAUCCCAAACUUUUUUUUUUUCAGAUGUUUUAUCAAUUCUACAUGAAUGUAAACGUUUAGUCCAAGGAGUCAAAGUAGAGGCAAUAAUUACACAGUUUUUCCAUUCAUGUGGUUUUAACAAUGUUUCUGUAGCUGUAAAACGUGUGUGUACAGUAUUCACAAAAGGCUGUUCAAUAAACUGGAGAAAUGUA